AUGGGCAGGAUCGUGGCUUCUGCAGUAGAGCCCAGUCAGGCGAAACUUGAAGCUGCACUCGGCCACAAGGUCAACACCAAGGUGUUCAAUGAUCUGCGCAGCAAGUACACACAAACACCAGCCCUUCACGAGAACCGUCAAACUGGAGGAAAGGCCCAUGGACAGAAUGGCGAGCAGGCUGGAUGUCCCGACAGAGUGCAUGCCCACAGGCCGAACGGCGAGCGAACUUAUCGUCUCAAUGGAGUGCAUGCCAGAAGGCCGAGAGGAGACCAAGCAAGAAACCUGAACAACCCUCAAGCACUACUCAGAAUAUCCCUGGAUAUCAAGGAUACCCUCAAGGAGAUCAGAGAAGAGCCUGAGUGGCAGGAGUUUCGAGCCCAGAUACACGCAGUCGUGAACCAGACGCUCAACAUCCAGACUAUGAUUUGUUUGGGCUUGGGAAAUUGGGCCCCUCGACAAUCUUUCCACCGCACGAAUUGCUUUGUCGUCCAGUAUGCGGUUUUCGUAUACAUGUACGAGAAAGUCGACAAGAAAUGGAGGGCGGAAUGCGCAUCGAAUGGCGCCCGUUACGAGCCGGUCAAGAGAUAUUUCCAAGACCCUGUCUUUGACUCUCAGACAAUGCACCUUNUGCAAGACAUGCCACACUCGAGCGAGCGAUCUAUCAACAUCAUCAUAACCGACCCAGCUGCAUCCAAUAUGAUUAGACACAACAAGAACGUCUUCGUGUUCGCGCCACACCUCAACUGCAACGUCUGGCCGGAAGUGUUGUCCUUGCAUCCACAAGUUUUCAUCGGUAACAGCCCCAAAGGUUUCGGUGGGCGAGACAUGGCAGCAAUGGAGACCUACGUCCAAGAGAGUGAAGCCAUCAACAGUGACAAUGUGGGUCCACGGUUCAACACCUUGCUGAACAGUUUCAGCGCCACGGACCUAGAGUAUCGUCAGUCAAACCUGGUACAGGGUCCUGUAGAUCCAGACCACCUCGCCAAUCUGACGAUCUAUCAGCGUUCAAACUGA